AGGAAACGCGCGUUUCGGGGAGGCCCCGCGCCCCGGCUGCCAUGAGGGCUCCCCGCGCCGCCCUGGUUCUCGCCCUGCUGACCGCGCUGGCUCCCGCCGCCCGGGCUGAUCGUGAGGAAUCCGAGCAGUCGGGAGACAUGGCCUGGGAAGACAGAGGAACAACGGAAGAGGCUGUUCCUACCACCUUUGACGCGGCGACCACGGAAUCCCUAACCACAGAUAGGAAUCUGACCCACGUGGCUGAGGAUGAAAAUCAGUUAGAUCUUAUUUUCAUGGUCUUGAUCCCACUGGUUUUGUUGGCCCUCCUACUUUUGUUAGUGGUAUCCCUUGUGGUAGCCUAUAAAAGAAAAAGAGCUAAACAAGAGCCUUCUAGCCAAGGAUCUCAGGAUGUUUUACAGACGUGUGGACUGGGAGGUGAAAACAUGAAAGUCCCCAUUUUUGAAGAGGACACACCCUCUGUGAUGGAAAUAGAAAUGGAAGAGCUUGAUAAGUGGAUGAUCAGCAUGAAUAGAAAUGCCGACCAUGAAUGUUUACCCACUCUGAAGGAAGAAAAGGAAUCAAACCACAGCCCAAGCGACAGUGAACCCUGAAACGGAAGGGGGCUCCGUUUUCCGAGAGAAGCAGCCCUGAGGGAACCCGCCAGGCCUGCCGAUGGAGGAUGAGGAGGCUACGGAUCGAAUUAAUUGCAAAUCGGCGUAGACACGACGAGAGCCUUUCGCUGUGUUCUUCCGACACCCACUCUUCCCAGGGAUGGCCUGGCCUGUACUUGGGAGAACGUGCUGCUGAAGAGCUCCGGGAAAAGACCUGGCUGCCGUCCACUGCUGCCUCCGAGGCUGGAGGAGCCGCGUGAUGCGCUCACUUGUGGUCAACGGGCGUUCCCUGCCCAGAGCCAACUCCUAGCUGACUGUGCUUGCCCUGGCCACACUCCCCACGUCCUCAGUGCCUGUCUGCUCCAUCCCUUCGGGUUUAGAUCAGGAGGCUGGGUUCAUCUAUGGUUUCCUUCUGGCUCACCUUCCUACCUGCCUUGCUCUGGGUCAUUUCUUCCGAUGAUCAGCUUCUCUGGCAGAUCAACGACACGGAGCAGGGACUUUUCUCUAGAGAGUUCUAUCAUGGGAAAGAUGGCAAGCAAAGCAAGCGUUUCAAUGUGCACACCAUCCCUGGGGUGGGUCAGCUCGUCCCUAUCUGCCAUGAAGAUACAGGAGAGCAGUCCCAGUGGUGAGGAAGUGUGCCAAGGUGACUUAGAGACCCUGACUGUGCCGGGUCCUGCUACCCUUCCAACUUCUCGGAGGCAUUAGAUGUCUUCAGUGAAAGAACAAGCGUUUUCCUUCUCAGCUAGGAUCACCUCCAUUGUAUUGCUUCCCCAAAGCUCAUUCUGGUUUCGCCACCCUUUCCUUGCAUAUGAUAGGUAGAAAGGGAAUAUGUGCAGGUGUGUGUGUGGGUGGAGGAGGGGGGUCAUCUGUUAUACAUAGGGAGUAUGUGCAGGUGUGUGUGUGGAUGGAAGAGGGGGUCAUCUGUUAUACAUAGGGAGUAUGUGCAGGUGUGUGUGUGGAUGGAGGGGGGUCACCUGUUACACAUAGGGAGUAUGUGCAGGUGUGUGUGUGGGUGGAAGAGGGGGUCAUCUGUUAUACAUAGGGAGUAUGUGCAGGUGUGUGUGUGGAUGGAGGGGGGUCACCUGUUACACAUAGGGAGUAUGUGCAGGUGUGUGUGUGUGGAUGGAAGAGGGGGUCAUCUGUUAUACAUAGGGAGUAUGUGCAGGUGUGUGUGUGGAUGGAGGGGGGUCACCUGUUACACAUAGGGAGUAUGUGCAGGUGUGUGUGUGGAUGGAAGAGGGGGUCAUCUGUUAUACAUAGGGAGUAUGUGCAGGUGUGUGUGUGGGUGGAGGGGGGUCACCUGUUACACAUAGGGAGUAUGUGCAGGUGUGUGUGUGGGUGGAGGGGGGUCACCUGUUACACAUAGGGAGUAUGUGCAGGUGUGUGUGUGGAUGGAAGAGGGGGUCAUCUGUUAUACAUAGGGAGUAUGUGCAGGUGUGUGUGUGGGUGGAGGGGGGUCACCUGUUACACAUAGGGAGUAUGUGCAGGUGUGUGUGUGGGUGGAGGGGGGUCACCUGUUACACAUAGGGAGUAUGUGCAAGUGUGUGUGUGUGGGUGGAAGAGGGGGUCAUCUGUUAUACAUAGGGAGUAUGUGCAGGUGUGUGUGUGGGUGGAAGAGGGGGUCAUCUGUUAUACAUAGGGAGUAUGUGCAGGUGUGUGUGUGUGGGUGGAAGAGGGGGUCAUCUGUUAUACAUAGGGAGUAUGUGCAGGUGUGUGUGUGGGUGGAAGAGGGGGUCAUCUGUUAUACAUAGGGAGUAUGUGCAGGUGUGUGUGUGGGUGGAAGAGGGGGUCAUCUGUUAUACAUAGGGAGUAUGUGCAGGUGUGUGUGUGUGGGUGGAAGAGGGGGUCAUCUGUUAUACAUAGGGAGUAUGUGCAGGUGUGUGUGUGGGCGGGGAGGGGGUCAUCUGUUACACAUCUAUGUCUCACCUGGCUUUAAGGUUAUUUGUAACAAACAGAAGAGAACAAGAAACACCUGCCGGCAGCAGGGAUCACGCAUCACAAGGGACUGGGAGCAGUCUCACGUCCUCAACACAGCAACUCCAAGAGCCCGGGGCCUGCCCAUCAGAGACAGCAUCCUUUACAAUAUCUAUUGACCCCCCUGGUGCUAAAAGCAAUGAGUGACCACUCCCACUCAUGGAAAACCAGUCUCCAUUUAAUCCCCAUCCUAAUUCUGGCUUUUCAAGGGAUCUAGCAGAUUGGGAGUCCUCUGUUCUCUCAGGACACUAGAGGAUUUUAUUCCAGGAAAGACACAGAGAAUGAAAAACCUGGUUUGUGUUUCUACCCACAUGACAGCUGAGGGGAGAUGAGGUGAACUAGACAUUUGCUGCUACACUUUGGGUGUUACAUUUGAAAGGCUGCCUUAAUGCAAAAGGAAAACUACCCCUCUCCUGCCUUUAACAAACAUUUGCCUUCUAAAUUCUGCCCGUUAAUUUUAAAAGCAGAGUUGCAGAUUGGAGAUGAAAGAUACAACUGUCUUGGUGAGCUUAACCACUGCUCUCGCGCUCUCCUGGGACUGCCCGGAACUUUGGCAAAGACGGUUUCGUGUGCUUGGCUUCAGCAGAUUCACCUUCAUCUUCUCUGGAGCACAUCCUGAUAAAACUCUGCAUUUGCAUUGCACUUCUGCAUACCCACAACACACUUACGGCUCUACAGAUAUUUAUGCCAAAAUUGCCGUUUUCUGAACAAUCAUAAUUUUUCUAUUUUUUCUGCUUAUGGCUAUUGGAUUUAGUUUGUUACUCAUCAUUAUUUGCUUCCCAGGAGAGUUUCAGUUUGCUUCUUUCUCUCUCCAGACAGCUAAGAUCUUUGCCAAAGGCUCAAACCUUUACACUCGACCUAUCCCUAUCAAAUGGUGAACUUGAAAAGCUCAGAGAAGUGUAAGGGGCCCUGGAAUCUCACUUUGAGACAGCCAUGUUUUAUGAUAUGAUAAAAAUAUUCUCAUUUGGUAUUUUAAAUAACAUCAAAUUCCAGGAGAAGCAAACAUGUCUUGAGUUUAUAACUGCCCAGUGUACAGGGUACUUUUUAAAAAGAUAGUUUAUCUUGGCAAGAUGUAAGAAGUUAGUAUGAAUCAAAACAGGUAAGCAUCAACUCCAGCAGCCUGGAUCUUUGUAUUACUAUUCAGCCAAUAGGCAUCAAAUAUUUAUGACAAUUCCAAGAACUGCUUUUAAACCUAGAUUUCAUUUUGUGCUUUAGAUUAUCAUUCGUAAAAAUAAAUUGCUAAUUUAUCUUGAUUGUAUUAGCCAUUCAAAGCAAAAAUCUGACCUUGGCGAUGUUAAGGUUGUAUAAGCUUUGUUGCAUUUUUGUAUAUUUUGAACAUCCUAAAUUAACAGUGUCUCAUUCCUAGUCCCACUCCUCAGGAAACUUUUCUCAAUAAAUACAUAAAAAGACC